AUGCUCAACAAGCGCGAGAAAAUUAAGGCUCCUAAACUUUCAUCAGAGGUGCUGAAGUUUUCUUUCUCUGAGAGGACUCCACUGUCGAAAGAAUAUCCAACAACCUUACCUCGACUCCCGCAGUCGACAGAACAGCUCCAUGUUGCUGCAUGGGAGAACGUUACAUCAGAGAAAAACAGUGCUGGCGCUGGAGGUAUCGGUGAAAGCCUCAACGCGGCCAGCGCACAGGGUUUCACCUUUCCCUACAGUCAAGCCCUGCUGGAGGAAGCGUUGAAGCCAGAAGGCAUUACAUUUUCCACGAAGGUGGCGGCUGUUCUCACGCCAGCACGUUAUGCAGCGGCCCUGCAGUGGGACAUCGCUCAUCGGCUUCGCUCCAAUCCAGGAGUCACGCCAAUCAUACGCGCUAGAUGGCACACAGCAGAAGAGUAUGUUGCUGCAGCGGCAGCGCUUCAAGAUGACCGUGCGCCGGUGAAAUCACAGUGGCAUAUUCGGUUAUUGAACGAAACCGGCCUUGCCCUCGUUUCUGCAACUCAGGAAUCUUUAGCAGAUGACCAGGGUCAUCGGUUGCCGUACCCCUUUGCCCUACCUUCUCCCCUAGAGCUCCUACAGAGCGCGUUUGGAGAUGAAUACGCUUCAAAAGAGCUAGCUACCGAGCAGGCAGGCAUGCGCACCAAGCCUUUAGAGGCCCCUGAAGGCAAUUGGCCCGCUGCAGCAGUGACUGACAAACCGUCGGCACGUCGAAGUAGUGCAGAUUUCAAGCGCACACGCGAGACCAGUAGUAAACUUUUGCGAUGGGUGCCAUUUGGUCUGGCACGCAUUCCUGCUGCCACUAUUGGAAUGACCAAUGAGCUGGCCAUGGGUGCUCCAGCUGGAGACGCUUCAGCCGCUGAACUCCAAGACAAUGAACAGCUAUUUGUUGAGGCUCUCUCCAAAAGCUUGCCUCGGCGCUGGCUUGAAGCGCCGGACGGGCGACGUCUGGUUAUUGUCCUUAAUGACCACAUCGCGGAUUGCAGAAACUUGUUGCAUCUCGCUGCGAGCUUCUCGAGUGGAGGAACCCCCGUAUUUGUGAAGGACUCGGAAGGUCUUGACCCACGCAAGCUACUGGCACGGUUAAAAGGCGAACGUAUAGCUGGCAAGAAAGUCGCUUUUAUAAUUUUUGCUCUUGGAGAAACAGAGAUGCUCCCCAUGAACGCCGCCUUUUUAGACCGCGCUGUUUUACGAGUGCCGAAAGCGAGCGACAUCAAAGCAUUUUUGGCGAGGAAAGAAGAGGAAGCGGCUAAAGAGUGGGAGACCCAAAAAGAAGAGCAAGAAGAGAUGCGUUACCAUAUGGAGAAGCGUGAGGCUCAUCUAUCAGAGCUCGAAGGCUUCACAGAGACCAAACAGGAGACCGUAACAAACCUUGCAACGAACGAGCAAGGUUCAGAGUGGAAUGGUCAGAACAAAAAUGAUUUUUCGGAAAAUGGGCAACAAGCUCCUGUACUGGCUUUAGACCCGUUUGACGAAUACGUGCUUCGGUUUAACUACACUGAAGUCAGCGACCUAAACAGUUACGCGGAAGCGCUUGCUUUAGAGCUAAGGGAGGAGCCCCUUGAAACAACAAUACGGGGAGAUUCGCACAGAGUUGCUAUAAUGGUCCUUGCAGAGCCUCCGGAAACUGAAGCUCAACUUGGCACGACGUGGAUGCGCCUGAACAGACUGAUCCACAUGGCAAUCGCUGUUUCAGUGAUUGUCGGGCUUCUGUGCUGCCUCUGCAUGUGGAGAUUGAUGCUUUUGCUCAAACGGCGUUAA